UUCUGGCAGCGCGCUCGGAGCGAUGAGGGGGCGCACGCGUGCACGAGCUACGUGCACGAGCGCAUGCUCUUCAGUUGUGCGUUUGUUUUGUUUCUGUUCCGGAGUAUUCUGUCACAUCGCGAGACGUAAGGGAGUAGAGUACGGAAGCAGAGAUGCCAGUGAUCCUGACCCUUUCUGCACGCUCGACCUACCUGAUCCAUCCGGAUGCCCUACCUCUGGAUGGAGCGCUCAUCAACUGGAGGCUACAGUCUGGAGAUUGCUUAGGAUGGUACCGCUUGAAGUACCAUGAAAUAGUUGUGGACCUCAAUUCCACAUGGACAUCAGGGCUCUACAGUGCGACCAUUUCACUCUCCUUUGCAACUGAAAAGUUUUUUGUGCAACUGUGAAAAAAUAUUUAGGCGCACUGGUGUGAAUGACCUGUUCAAAGUUGUAUAAUACAAUCGGAAUUAAAACUACAAGUCCAAAAUGCAUCUACACCAUGCUACAGUUACUUUCGCACUGCUUUUCAUCACCUUAGUCAUCUGAACAAGUGUGCAAAUACUGCAAAGAAGCCAUUAUGAUGACAAGCAUAACACUACAUCAUCUGCUUCAACUUGCCAAUCUCACAAACCGCCAUAUUUUAUUGAUAAUGCAAAAUGACCUGAACCUGCGACUGUGACAUGCUCGUGUAGCCACAGCAGUGUCGGGUGCCAGUAAAUUAAUAAUAAUGGUAACGCUACAAGGUGGAUUUUAAUUCAAACUUCUUUAUUAAAUCACCAAUCAUAUUCAAGAAUAACAACUGUUCAGUGUGCACAUACAGUACGCUGCCGCUCUCCCUUCACCAACUCUAAUAGACAGUGCAUUCACUUCAUUUAAACUCACAGUUGCCAGAUAUCACCAGGAAAAUAAACUCCAGUUUACAUGUUUUGAUUUAAUCCCCCAAAAUGCGCAAUAUUAUUAGUAGACAUGGCAACACUGUACUGGGGGAACCCAUCUAAAAGGAACAACUGAUUAAAAAAAAAAAACGAAUAAAAUGUAAAGACAGGAAAUGUGCUUAGUUACACAUAAAACAUUUUAUAUUUAAAAAGUAGAUAUUAUAAUAAAUUCAUAAAAUGAGAAAUUAAAUGAUGUUUAAUUAUUAUGCGUUGCAUUUAAUAUCAGUUUGACAUUAGCCUUCUUUUUCCUAAUAUGGAUCAUGCUUGUGUUAGUCUACUUUUAAUUAGAACUCUUUAUUAUUUAAGAUAAAAUAAAAUAAAUAUGUUAUGCUUGUUUAUUUAUCAAUUAACCAACAGUAUUUCUCAUUGCUAUUAUUUUAAUUCAAUUAACAGUGACCAUGAGCAGAGAGCUUACAUUUAACUGAUUAUGAUAGACCUCUUGAUUAAAGCUUAAACGAAAAAAAGUUUGGUAUCUGGAUCGGUUUCGGUCGAUCAAGAUCAAAAAUCGGUAUCGGCUAUAAAAUUCCUGAUCGGAGCAUCAGUAAUGAACACCGUUAUACUAAAGCGCUUUGCAUCUGGUGGAUAAAUGAACUCACCCAAUCACAUCCUAUAUGAGAUUAUUCAAAUAUAUACGCAAUAUACUCAGAGCAGUUCGAGAACUGUCUUCAGCCCAGAACCAUGACGGUGGAAAAUGGCUAAUAGUGUAGCUUUAAAUAUAUUUAAGAGGAGCAGACUUCAAAGACUGAACAUUGAGGUUUUUUUUAUUUUUUACAAUAUGGAACAGGUUAAUGGUUGUUGUCUUUUGCAUACAGCCUGUAAAAUUAACUGAAAAUAUUAAAUUUACUUUAUCAGAAGGUAUAUUAAUUUGUCAUUAAUUUGUCUGUAUAUUAAUUUGUCUCACACUAUGUUCUUAAAUUCUGUCAUAAUUGACAAGCUCAAGUUUUCUCAUGCCAACUUGUGCUUUAUAUUGUGGCACAUUAACGUUACCAUCUCUAAAAAAAACCCUAAACUUCAACCGUACUCCUAAAUUUUUGUAAUUAGGAGUACAAGUGCUCCUAGAAGAAAUUGUUACCGUAGAAAUUGUUACCGAAGAAAUUGUUACCCUGGACAUUAUCGCUGUGGUUGCUGGGACAAUGGUUUCUACUAUGGCCUUGGGACUGCAAUUACCACAUACAAUUUUGCACUCGGGUCUCCUUUGGUGAACAGUGGACUAGUUCAACAAAGACUUCAUGUAAAAACCACAAUGAACUGUCUUUUACUUUAACACUGUCCGUUGUUACCCAGAUGAGGAUGGGUUCCCUUCUGAGUCUAGUUCCUCUCAAGGUUUCUUCCUCAUAUCAUCUUAGGGAGUUUUCCCUUGCCACCGUCGCCACCGGCUUGCUCAAUAGGGAUAAAUUCACGCACUUAAAAUCUGUAUCCUGUGUUUAUAUGUAUAUUAUAUAUAUUUCUGUAAAGCUGCUUUGAGACAAUGUCCAUUGUAAAAAGCUCUAUGCAAAUAAAAUUGAUUUGAAAAUUGAAUUGAAAAUGCCAUGAAAAGUACGGUAGCUGUCCUUAUGCUCUGCUCAUAUCAUAUUCACAUAACUUGAAUCUCAUACAGACAUUUACAUACCUUGUUUUCCUGGCUCAGCAUGAGAGGAUGUUAGUGUUUCAAUUUUAACUCCUUUACUGGUAAAAAAAAUAAAUAAACAAAAUUAAAAAAUCAGCGUAUAUCUAUAUAACAGACUCUGUGAGCUAGAGACCUGUCAGCCAAAAAGACACAAGUAUUUCCAGUGUAUUUCCAUUGCAUUGUAUUUUCCUGUGAACCCUGUCUGAUUGCUCUUGCCUCAAUUUACUGAAGAUAAAAUACAGCGCGGAAGGUACAACAUAACAACACUGCCGUCUUCUUUUACUGACGUUCAGUUACAUAGUGACAAACCACUCCAAGAGGAGAAUUAUUAGGGGCUAGAGAAAAAAUCUUCAGGCCUACAGCCCCAAUGCAGAGGCCAGUUUAAGCCCCUGGGAGAAACUAACAUAUUAACUAACAUAAUGCGUUGAUUCACAAGGGCAAGAGACACAGUACCGGUACUUGCCAAGUGCUGCCGCCAGUGUUGUGAACAUCAUUCGCAGUACCUACUGCUAACGAUACUCAAAACAUGCUAACCCUAGUUAACUAUUACCAAUGAUUCAUCUUAUAAUAAGGUGAAAUAAAACUGGAAGUGGUACCUGAACGUUUGUGUGAAAACCUGUUUGUGUGAAAACCAGCAGACCAGCAUGAGCGCCACCUUUAUUGCCGAGUUUGAGGAGUGGAGUCGGUCGUUCUGGGACUCGAGUAACUUGCUAGCUCAGACUGGCCGCCUUCUGGAUCAAAUAACCUCGGCCGCAAAUUGGGCCAUGCGCCACGUCGCACCCCGCACAGUUUCCCCCGCCCCCGCUGCCAGAGGACUACAAUGCGCUACGCGGGCAGCCGAGCUACACGAAUUACUGGGGCUUCCCGUGGCCGGGGGACCACACUGCGCAACGCAAGCAGCAGGAGGUCGCAGCCCCAGAGUCCCAGCCCAAGGUUAACGUGGCGACCUCGGAGCCUCCACCUGAGGUCAAAAGGUCGACCUCAGAGCUCCAGCUGGAGACCCGCGGGGAGGUCUCUCCCACCGAGGAGGCUGUCCCAAUGCCCUGUCCUGCUGAGGAAGCUGUUCUGCUGUCCUGUUCUGCUGAGGAAGCUGUCCCGCUGCCGUGUUCUGCUGAGGAAGCUGUUCCGCUGUCCUGUUCUGCUGAGGAAGCUGUCCCGCUGCCCUGUCCUGCUAAGGAAGCUGUCCCGCUGCCCUGUUCUGCUGAGGAAGCUGUCCCGCUGCCCUGUCCUGCUGAGGAAGCUGUGCAGCAUUCCAGCCCCGCUGGGGAGGUCACCUAGCGUUCCAGCCCCACUGGGGAGGUCGCCCAGCGUUCCAGCCCCACUGGGGAGGUCGCCCAGCGUUCCAGCCCCGUGCGGGGCGUUGCCCCGAGUUUCAACCCCACUGGGGGUAGUGCUCCGCCUGUCUGAUGUCCGGCAAAGGCCGCUUUGUUUUCCGAUGCAUCGAGAGACAGCUCACACAGGGGCCCUGGACCGCCGUUGGAGGGGGGUUCUGUUACGCUCCCGUCAGCAGAUGGCACUGCAGCGUCGACAUGCCUGAGACUGAACUGUGGCAUAUGGACACGUGUCUUUGUUUUGGUUUUGGUCCUCCUUCUGUUUAAGCAUUAGUUGAUGUUCGAGGGUGUGUCUUGAUUUACUCCAGGUGUCUGUGUUUUAGUUUGAUUGUGUUUGUUAUUUAAACCCCUCAUGUUGCUGUGCACUUCGCGCAGUAUUAAAUGAGUAUUUGAACCUCUGAAUGUAAUGUAUAGACCGCGUUUCCUGUCUUUUGUCUGCUGUGUAAAAAUAAAGAUGCUGAUCUGCACCUGCUUCUGCUUCCACCUCCCGUUCCGUAACAGCCAGAUUAGUUAAUUUAGUUAAUCAGUUAAUUUUUCAGGAAUUAAAUCUUGCCCAACUCUAGUGUGAAGGGGUGGCACAGGAGCAAAUAUGAGUCCUCAAAUGUGUUAGUGCCCCGAAAAGGGGCCCCCUUUAAGGGGGUUGCUGAGAUGUUACUGGGCAUUAAGAUGAAAAUUUCUGAUUAUUUAAAUAUCAGGGGCCCUCUCAGUAUGCAGGGCCCCAGGCAAUUGCCUGCCUUGCCUGCCCUGUAGAUAUGCCUCUGUGUAUAUAAAACCAAGAUAAAUUAUGUCAGAACUUUUUCCACUCUCAGUGUGAAAUUCCUUUUGAUUUUAUUACACCACUCAGUCUUUUGGGGCCUGAGUCUAUCUGUGUGGCACAUUUUGACUUUGCAAUAUUUUCCCACUCUUGCAAAAACAUUAUAUAUCAUUCAAAUAUAUUGG